AGAGCCGUGAAGGGAGGAGAUUAAGAUCAAUUCAAAAACUGAAACAAUGGCACAAGUGGAAGAGCAAGUAAGCAACAAACAGGUUCUUGCUGCAGGUCACAUAACUGGGAAUCCAAAACAAACAGACAUGUAUUUGCAAAGUUCUACCAUAAGCUUACAACUUCCUCCUGAGGCUUCUUCAGAUGCUGUGCUGGUUAAGAACCUCUAUUUAUCCUGUGAUCCUUACAUGAGAGGAACCAAUAAAACAAAUACAAAGCGCCUCUUUUAUUCCUUCUCUCCUGAUUCACUAAUAAUUGGGUAUGGAGUAUGCAAAGUGUUGGAUUCCAAACACCCAGACUUUAAAAAAGGAGACUUGGUGUGGGGAGUCACCAAAUGGGAAGAAUACAGUAUCAUCACCAUGACUGAUAGCCUCUUCAAAAUUGAGCAUACAGAUGUACCUCUUUCCUAUUAUACUGGAAUUCUUGGUAUGCCUGGUAUGACUGCUUAUGCAGGUUUCUAUGAAGUUGGUGUCCCUAAAAAAGGAGAUUAUGUCUUUAUAUCUUCAGCAUUUGGUGCAGUUGGUCAACUAGUUGGACAACUAGCAAAAUUGAUGGGCUGUUAUGUUGUUGGAAGUGCAGGAAGUAAAGAUAAGGUUGAAAUUUUGAAGAGUAAGUUCGGGUUUGAUGGGGCUUUUAAUUACAAGGAGGAACAAGACCUGGAUGCAACUUUGAAGAGGUUCUUCCCUGAAGGCAUUGACAUUUACUUUGAUAAUGUUGGGGGAGACAUGCUUGAGGCAGCCCUUCUUAACAUGAGAAGGCGUGGUCGAAUUGUGGUGGCUGGAAUGAUUUCACAGUAUGAUCUUGAUGAGCCUCAAGGCAUUAAAAACUUAGUGAAUAUCAUAUAUAAGCAGAUCCGAGUUGAAGCCUACACAGUGUAUGAUUACUAUCACCUAUAUCCUAAGUUCUUGGAGAUUAUUUUGCCUUAUAUUAGGGAAGGGAAGAUAACAUACGUUGAAGACAUAGCUGAAGGCCUUGAGAGUGGCCCAGCUGCAUUGGAAGCAAUGUUCACAGGCCGUAGUGCUGGCAAACAAGUAGUUUUAGUUGCUCAUGAGUAGUUUAGUUUAACAUCCCUGUUUAGCCUUCCAUUUCGUUUUGAUUUUGUGUUUGUAACUCUCUUUUCAGAGGUUAUUUGAAUAAUAGACACAAUGCUAUAUUGUGUAAAACAUCUACUAAUAGACGUAUGCUUUUAAUUACAUUUCUCCUUCAAGAAGACCAUAUUUAAUUCUUUAUAUUUGCAAUAAUG